AUGGACGCCCUUCUUCCCACCCCGUCCCGCGCAACAUUCAGCCUUGCCGUGCCCUGCAUCUGCGACCCACACGCCUACGAUGGCCAGGGCUUCGAGGAAUACCCCAAGCGCGCCGGCUGGGUCCUCACGCCCGAACGCACCGCCUUCGACAUCGAGAACAACCUCGCAUCCGUCGGCACAUGUCUCGACCGGCGCCUCGACGGCAGCGCGGCCUCCGACGCGCAAAUUGCCGCGUUCCUGCAGCUAUGGCUCUUCUUCGCGCCGCUAGCUGACGUCAUGGCGCUGCGGGGCCAGCCGUUCGAUCCCGCGUGCCUGGUCGAGGAAGCAGCCACCGGGGAACGGCGCAUCACGUUCGCGCCGCUGCCGGGACUUUUCCGCGAGUGGAAAGAGCGCGGGAGGACGCUGCCGCCAAGGGAGAAGAAGCUGCAGUACCGGCGCGUGUCGAACAUCAUCAUGGGCAUGCUCUGCUUCGCCAUCAUCAACUUCACGCCGGUGAAGAAGCACGCGGGGCGCGAGGCGCCGCGUGUGAAGAGGCGCGCUGGGUUUGGAGUUGAGGUGUCGAUCAUGGCGCUGGUGGAGCUGAUCGAGAUCAACUCAAUUAACGACCGCAACGGGCCUGGUGCCGAGUCCAAUAUGGGCGAUACUCACCUUUGCUCGUUUUUGGAGGCCAAAAUGAGAGAGCUGGGAUGGUGUCCCAGCGAGAUUUCGUUGUUCAAUACGCAUUUGGACAAUACGGGUCUGUAUUUCGCGAGCAGGCUGGAUCGGCAGAGUUUAAGGCUGAACCACAGCGCGUGCGCAAUGUCGAAAUGCAGGGCAAGGAACGUCGUCAAGGGUGGCUAUGUGACGAAGCACGCAAGCGACUGCACGAAGAGAGAGCCGGACUUUAUUGGUGUUGAUGAGCAUAUGCUGGAAAAUUUGCUGCAAAACUCCGAGCUCCCGCUUCCCUGCCUUGAUCUUGGCCCGCUGGAAUCCAGGGCCGCUUCAGCUGCAAAGUUGGACUUGGUUACCCCGAAGGAAUAUGUUGCCAUUUCACACGUAUGGUCCGAUGGCUUAGGGAACGAACGGCAAAACUCCCUCCCUCUUUGUCAGCUCCGAAGGCUCAAACGUCUGGCUGGUCAGAUUGGGUGCGAGAUCAUAUGGAUUGACACACUUUGUGUACCUGCAAAAGAUGGAUCAGGCAAGAGGAAGGCAAUAACCCGAAUGGUUGAAGUUUACGAGCGCGCGCAGGCCGUGUUGGUUUUGGACGAGGACCUGCAGCUCACCACAGUCAAAUGCAGCAAAGAAGAGAAGAUUCUACGAAUUGCUCUAUCAGGAUGGACUCGCCGGCUCUGGACUCUUGAAGAAGGAAUGGUAGCCCACAAUAAGUUGCUUUUCCAAUUCGAGGACGGUGCCGAGAGUAUCCCCGAGGUUACAAACCCAGAGUGUGAGAAGAUCGCAUGGGAUACGCAAAGAUUACUGGACCAAGUUCUUCCACGAAGGAAGAUUCCCCGCUCCCGAGAGGGCGAGGCAGGUUCAGCUGCCGACGCAGAAAAUCCCUGGCACUCUCUUCUUGGUGCAGUGUCGUACCGCUCCACAUCCCGUACCAUCGACGAGUCAAUCUGCCUCUCACACAUCCUCGGCCUCGAUAUUUCCGACCUGGUACAAAUAAAGGACGAGAACGAGCGUAUGCGCCACUUCUUAAUCAUGUUGAGCUACUUGAACACCAAAUUACCAGAUCUCCUCUUGUUCUCAUCGGAACCAAAAUUGCCAUUCCCAGGCUUCCGCUGGGCACCCACAACUUUCCUCGAUAUCGACAACGCGGGUGACAGAGACGAUGAAAUGCAGGAAACCUUAGGAACAAGCAUAUCCGGCGGCGGCCGCGGCGUCUCGUGGUCACCGCACGGCGGCUUGCGCGUCGAAACGCUCCGCGUCCGCCGUCUCCUCCUACUCACAGCCGGCGAACCCGUCAAGCGCGCCAUCUUCUUCAAGGAAGGCGCCAUCUGGCGCGUCAUCAUCCCGCGCACGAAGCCCGUCAAAGAGGUCGACGACAACCGGAGGCGCUUCUGGAACGAGGCUGUCGCGAAAGACGUCUUCGAGUCACGCGAUCCGGUAUACGACAGCAGCAGCACGUGGACGAACCUGGCAGACAAGGCCAAUGGUGAUCGCGUGCUGUUUCUCAUCCAGAGCGAGCCCUUCGCUUCGUCUGGCUCGGCGAUCUUGGCGAGCUCGUUGGCGUUGAAGUCGCGGCCGACCUUUCCGCAGGUCGAGCCGCACGAAGUCGAUCUGGAAAUGCAGGUUCAUGUGUUUGAGCUCGAAGCGGGCGGCAAGAACCACGUUGUGGAUGGAGCUGGGUUGAGUUCUGGAGGGGAGAACGUAGGCAUCACGAAAGAGUGGUAUGACGAUAUUGGCGUUGCCAUGGAGGCGUCUUUUCAGAAGUAUUUCGAUGCCGAAAGCUGUACUAAGGGAUCUGUCAUUGUCCAUGAUGUGGAGAAGAUGCCAGGUUAUACACGGAAGGAUAGAAGUGACGAAUACAUCAAGUGGGUCGUUUCAUGA